CCCGGCUCCCCACAUCCGGGUUCCUGUCAACCGCCGCCGCGCCGCCGCCCGCUCCGCGUUUCGGGGAGGCGGCGGGGCGGGGAAGGGAGGAGGCGGCGAAGAUGGCGGCGGUGGGGAGAGCCGGUUCCUUCGGUUCCUCCUCGGCAUCCGGCGCCGCGAACAACGCCGGCGCUGAGCUGCGGGCGGGCGGCGAGGAGGACGACGGGCAGAACCUCUGGUCCUGCAUCCUCAGCGAGGUGUCCACGCGCUCCCGCUCCAAGCUGCCCUCGGGGAAGAGCGUCCUGCUGCUGGGUGAAGAUGGAGCAGGUAAAACUAGCUUAAUAGGAAAAAUUCAAGGAAUCGAGGAAUACAAAAAAGGAAGAGGCAUGGAGUAUUUGUAUUUAAACGUGCAUGAUGAAGAUCGAGAUGACCAAACAAGAUGCAAUGUACGGAUUUUGGAUGGUGACCUGUAUCACAAGGGUCUCCUUAAAUUUGCAAUGGAGUCAAACUCACUAAAGGACACUCUAGUUAUGUUGGUAGUAGACAUGUCCAGGCCUUGGACUGCAAUGGAUUCUUUACAAAAAUGGGCAAGUGUUGUAAGAGAACACAUUGACAAGUUAAAAAUUCCUCCUGAAGAAAUGAAAGAAAUGGAACAAAAAUUGGUAAGAGACUUCCAGGAAUAUGUAGAACCAGGCGAGGAUUUUCCAGCUUCUCCACAGAGAAGAAACACUUCAUUACAGGAAGACAAAGAUGACAGUGUGAUUUUACCCCUGGGUGCAGAUACACUAACAUGUAACUUAGGCAUUCCAGUAGUAGUAGUUUGUACAAAGUGCGAUGCCAUCGGUGUUCUGGAAAAAGAGCAUGACUACAGAGAUGAACACUUCGACUUCAUUCAGUCACAUAUCAGACGGUUUUGCUUACAGUAUGGGGCCGCGCUUAUUUACACCUCGGUAAAGGAGAACAAAAACAUUGAUUUAGUCUAUAAAUAUAUAGUCCAGAAGUUGUACGGGUUUCCUUUCAACGUUCCAGCUGUUGUUGUGGAAAAAGAUGCAGUAUUUAUUCCUGCAGGUUGGGAUAAUGACAAGAAGAUUGGCAUCUUGCAUGAGAACUUUCAAACACUAAAAGCAGAAGACAGUUUUGAAGACACCAUAAGAAAACCGCCGGUCAGAAAGUUUGUUCAUGAGAAAGAAAUUGUUGCAGAAGAUGACCAAGUGUUUCUCAUGAAGCAGCAGUCUCAAUUGGCGAAACAGCCUCCUACUGCUGCAGGAAGGCCAGUGGAUGCCUCACCGAGAGUUCCUGGAGGAUCUCCUAGGACACCAAAUAGAUCUGUAACAUCCAAUGUUGCCAGUGUUACACCUAUCCCUGCUGGAUCCAAAAAAAUUGAUCCCAACAUGAAAGCAGGAGCUACCAGUGAGGGAGUCCUGGCAAACUUCUUCAAUAGUCUGUUGAGUAAGAAAACUGGUUCCCCUGGUGGCCCUGGUGGUGUUGGUGGCAGUCCCGGAGGUGGCAGCACAGGAGGUACUGGCAGCAAUCUACCACCAUCAGCAAAAAAGUCAGGUCAGAAGCCAGUUUUAACAGAUGUUCAGGCAGAACUGGACAGAAUUUCACGAAAACCUGAAAUGGUUUCUCCUACAUCACCUACGUCUCCCACAGAAGGUGAAGCAUCUUGAAGACACCAAAUAAAACCAAUUAUUCAGUUUUCUGGGGUAAUUCAAACUUGCCUCUGCCUCUUCCUUCAGUGACUGGAACAAAAGAACUGAAACGUCGUUUCAGAACACAAACAGUUUGUCUUUCUUUCAUGUGUUGCCCAACUUUACAAAAGGGAGCUGUACAGGUGAAAAAUGGUAUCACAUCAUGUAGGACUACUGUUCACAGUGCAAGAAUAGUAGAUAAAUUUCUGGGUUUUGUUGAUAAGUCAGUGUAAUUCUGUGAAACUGACAAUUAUGUCCACUUACAGAUAAAGGUUGCUUAGAGCAGGAAGCUGAUGCACACCACAGGCACUUAAUUUAUAUUGAUUUCCCAACUUAUUAGUUGAUUUUAAUACCCUCUUAAGUAGAGCGUAAACUUCUAAAGGAGAGAACUACUACUGGUUGUUGGAAAAUAAAAUCACUUGCACAAAACUGUAAUGACAAACUCCAAGUAUACUUGAAUGCUUGAUUUGGAGCAUGUUUGCAAAUCUGUUUGUUUGAAAUGCCCUGAGAUCUAUAUUGCAUUCAAAAACCCAUGCAAAAAUUUCAUUCCAGACUAAGAUCUUAAAUUAGUGGCCAGUUUUUUCGUUGUUUUCUUUGAUUAAUUUCAGACACUGAAUAAAAGAUGUAUAAAGAAAAAGCAGAGGUUAAAUGUACAGAUUAUCAGUAUCCAGAUUUGUCUAUAUAUAUAUGGCUCAGCCUUAAUGUCCCCCACUAUGUUUCCCAUAUUAAUUAUGGUUUAAGAUUGGUCAUCAAAACUGUAAUCAGUUAAUAAAGUGUUCUCUGCAUUCAAAUUUAAGUAACUUUCA